AUGGCCUCACUCACGACCGAGAGUUUGUUUGGGGUGAAGGGGCACGUGGCCGUGGUGACGGGUGGCAGCAGCGGGCUGGGGCUGAUGAUCUGCAAGGGCCUGGUGACGAACGGGGCCAAGGUAUACCUGGUAGCACUGCCGUCGGAGCCCAUCGCGGCGCGGGUGGCGGAGCUGAACGCACUGGCGGAGACGUGUGGCAGCGGCGGCUCCGCGCUGGGCUACGGCUGCGACGUGUCGAGCAAGGAGGCGAUCGCCGGCCUGGCAGCACACAUCAGCGGGCUGGAGCAGCACGUGGACAUGUUGAUCUCGAACGCGGGCAUCCGACGGGACCCUCCGACGGCCUGCGACGUGCUGACGGCGCCGCUGGCCGAACUGCAGGCAUCCAUGUGGUCGUCGCGUCACGGCGAUUGGGCCGACACGUUUGCCGUCAACACGACGGCGCACUACUUCUUGUCGGUGGCCCUACUGCCGCUUCUGGCGGCGGCGGCGGCACGUGACCUUGGCAACGGGCGCACCGGGCGCAGCGAUGGCCGCGGCGUCAUCGUCAUCACCAGCUCGUGCGCCAGCAUGCACAACGUGACCAACGUGGACCUGACGAGCUACGCGUCCAGCAAGGCGGCGACAGACCAUCUGGUGCGGCUGCUGGCGGCCAAGUUCGGCCGCUUCUACGUUCGGGUGGCCGGGAUCAACCCGGGAUUCGUGCCCAGCAACAUGAACCCGGUCGGGGCCGAGGGCAACAUCUUCAGCAACCUCUUCGACAAGGUGCCGGCGAAACGGGCCGGCAACGAAGAAGACAUUGCCGGCGCAGUGCUCUAUCUCGCCAGCCGUGCAGGCGCAUACAUUGACGGCAUCAACCUGUGCAUUGAUGGCGGGCGGGUCCUGGUGGCCAAUGGGCAGGAAUAG